UAGCCGGCGACCUUGCUUUGGUAGUUUGAUAUAGGAUUUAAAAGUUGGAACUUAAAUUAUUAUAAAUAAAAUAAAAUGAGUGAGAUUCAAAGAUUUUACGAAAACAAAACGAUUUUUUUAACGGGGGGAACUGGGUUUUUGGGGAAAUUGUUCGUCGAGAAAAUUUUGAGGAGUUCUAACCCCAAAAAAAUUUUUUUGUUGUUGAGAGAAAAGAAAGGAAAAAAUCCCAGUGAGCGUCUCCAAGAAUUAUUUGACAUCCCAGCAUUUUCCUCAUUAACUAACCUAAAACCGAAUUAUAAAUCGUUAAUUUCGAUCAUUGAGGGCGAUUUAGAAUUAGUCGAUUUGGGGUUAAAACAAAAAGAUAAAGAAAUUCUCGAAAGUGAGGUUAACGUAAUAAUCCAUAGUGGCGCGACGGUUCGUUUCGACGAAAACUUACAAAAAGCUACUUACAUUAAUGUGAGAAGCACGCGGGAUUUACUGAUUUUAGCGGAAAAAGCCGAAAAUUUGGAGAGCUUUGUUUACGUUUCGACGGCUUUUUCCAACUGCACUAAACAAACAAUCGACGAAAAGUUCUACCAACCGUUAAUAACCAGCGAAAAUUUGCUGAAAUUAGUCGAUUGUUUGGAUUUGGAGACGUUAAAGCAAAUAACACCAACAUUAUUACAAGAUAACCCAAACACUUACGUUUUUACUAAAUCAAUAGCCGAGAAUCAAAUUAAGGAUUUCUCAAAAAGACUUCCGAUUGCUUUGGUUCGACCGAGUAUCGUUGUAAGUAGUUACAAAGAACCAAUCCCUGGUUGGUUAGAUAAUUUAUUCGGACCCACCUCGAUUUUAUUAGGGGCUUGUUUCGGAUUGAUUCGGGCCCUCAACGUGGAUAAAAACGCCCCGGCGGAAAUCGUCCCUGUCGAUUUUGUGAUUAACUCAAUAAUAGCAGCGGGGUAUAAAACGGCAAAAACGCAAGAGUCAAAAAUUUAUAACUACGUUAGCUCGAAACAGAACUUGAUUACGUGGGAGAAUUACGAAAUUUUAACGAGGAAAUACGCCCUAAAAGUACCUUCACCGUUAGUUGUUUGGCACUCAACGUUAUUUUUGAUUAAAACUCGGUUAAUAUUUUUGAUUUAUUCGUUUUUCGUUCAAACGAUCCCGGCUUAUGUCGUCGAUUUCGCUGCGAAAUUAAUCGGAAAAGAACCAAUGUUGGUUAAAGCAUACAAAAAGAUUGAUAAAUUUUGCGGGGCCAUUUCGUAUUUUAGCACGAAAUCUUGGAAUUUUAGUACGGAUAAUACGAUAUCUUUGUGGAACGAUUUAAAUGAAAGUGAUCAAAAAUUAUUUCCUUUCAACAUCGAAUCGAUGCCUUGGGAGGAUUUUUUUACUAAUUACAUCAAAGGGGCUCGGCUGUAUUUGAUGAAGGACCCCCUUGAGACGAUCCCAGCUGGUCGGAGGAAAUUAAAAGUUCUCAAAGUGGCGCAUUACACCUUGUUAAUCAUUUUUAUCGUUAUUUUUUAUAAAAUUUUUACGUUUUUCUACAACUUAAUUCAUUAAAUUAAUUUUUUAAUAAAAUUUAUUUUCGAAAUCAAUUUUCUACAAGUGCUUUAUUACAUUGUACUAUUUAAAUUAAACAAAAAAACCUUUUGUCUGUGUGGAUUAAGUUCAAAUCACUAAUUAUUAUUAAUACAAAAGAAAAUUAAAUAAUAAUGUACAAAUAAUCAAGAUUAACUUAAAACUUUAUUUCCAGAAGUGGGAAAUUAAUAACUACUUUAUAUUAUUUAACAAAAAAAAAACUUUCAACAAAAAACAAAGUAAGGAACAAAUCUUUUUGAUGUCUAAAUAUAAAUUACUUAAAAUAGUACCCUAAAAUACAUCAUUAAUCUUAUUUCACAGUUUUUAUCCUCCUCGUUUUCCAAAUUUGUGACUUUUACAAUUAAUACUGUCAAUCGGGGUGAUCUAACCUCAAAAAAUCCCAAUAAAUUAAUAAACGCCA